CCGGCAGGUGUGUUGCUUCAGAAUGGACCUCAAAGGCUUCUGUCUGACAGAGAACUUCCACUUUCUCAGCCAGCACAACCAUUUCUUGGAUUCCACGACGACCGACGGGCCUCCGUCGCCGCUCGAACCUUGCAUCAAACCGGACCCAUCGAGCCCGGCUUUCCCCCCGGACAGUAACUCCCCCUUCAGCCCUGCCGGUACAUCGGAAAGCAGCGGUUACAGCUUCUUCUCGCAGACCCAGUCCCUCAACCCCGACUCGCCCGGCUCUAGUAGCAGCAGCAGCAGCAGCCGAGGCAGCUGCACGCCGCCCGGAUCCAGCUCCCAUCACUACCAUACGGAGCGCAGUGGCGGGCUGUCGGUUGGCGGAGAUGUGGUUCGCCUCGCUGGGGAAUACGCGUCCACGCUUGGCUCUGCACACAAGCGGCUCUGUCUAGUCUGCGGAGACUUUGCAUCUGGAUAUCACUAUGGGGUCGCGUCCUGCGAAGCGUGCAAGGCGUUCUUCAAGAGAACCAUUCAAGGUAACAUUGAGUACACCUGCCCUGUGACAAACGAGUGUGAGAUCACCAAGCGCCGGCGGAAGUCCUGCCAGGCGUGUCGCUUCCAGAAGUGUCUGCGUGCAGGCAUGAUGAAGGAGGGUGUCCGUAUGGACCGAGUGAGGGGAGGCCGACAGAAGUACAAGCGCAGAGUGGACUGUGGCCUGACGCUCUAUACCAAAACCCCUUUCUUACAUCCGGCCAAACCCAUCGGCAACAAAGUGAUCUCCCAGCUGCUGGUGUCUGAGCCGGCGCCUCUGUGUGCUAUCCCCGACUCAUCCUCCGGGGGCAGUGCUGAGCUCAAGACCCUGCUCACCCUCUGUGACCUCCUCAACAGAGAGCUGCUCGUCAUGAUCGGCUGGGCCAAGAACAUCCCAGGCUUCUCUGCACUCUCAUUGGUGGACCAGAUGGCGCUGCUGCAAGGCGGCUGGAUGGAGGCGCUGGUGCUGUCGGUGGUGUCGCGUUCGCUCGGCUCCGCCGACGAGCUGGUGUUUGCCGAUAACCUGCGUCUAGCCGAGGGCCAGUGCCGGGCGGCCGGGCUGGCUGACCUCUACACCACGCUGCGUCACCUGACGCGCAAGUACCAGCAGAUGGGCCUGAGCCCUGAGGAGCUGGUCACCCUCAAAGCCAUGACCCUCGCCAACGCAGACGCGGCGAACCUGGAGGGUGCGGAGGCGGUGCAGCGUUUCCGUGACGCUCUCCACGAGGCCUUGCAGGAGCACGAGAGCGGUCAGCACCCCGUGGAGCCUCACCGCGCCGGCCGGCUGCUCAUGACGCUGCCUUUGCUCCGGCAGACAGCGGCGCGCGCCGUCGACACCUUCUCCCGGCUGCACCGCGAGCGCCGCGUGCCCAUGCACAAGCUCUUCCUGGAGAUGCUCGACAACAAGAUAUGAGACGAUAACACGAAGCCACAGCUGCUGACGCCGACGCCAUGUGAUGGCGCGGAUCAAGCGGAUUGUUGAGAUGUGGCUAAAGAUGAGAGCCCCAGCUUGCCAUGAACUGUGCUGUAGGGUUGCCCAGAGUGACGCAAUCAGCAAUCUUUUUCUAGGGGAAGGGGGGGGGGGUUGGACUUUGGGUGACUAAGAAGGAGUAUUAUGUUUUUCUAAUUUUAUUUAAGUAAAAAAAUCAAAGUGAAACAUCAACCAAAAAAAAAACUUUAAACAUGCACUAACCUGACAUUUUUAAGGUGAAUCUAUAAAGCAUUUAAUACUGAAGAGCUAUUUUUCUAUCACUGAAUAAUUUAUUCAGAGUAUUUAUAUCAGUGUUCCCAUGGGCACUUGGAGCAGGAAGUGAACACAUCGACACACUGCACUGUUUACGUUCAGACAGCCAGCACUGGCUAACGAGAGUCAGAUCCAAUACUGACCACAUCCCACAUCACUCAAACACAACUCCACUUAGUGACCACAUAAUAGGUAUGGCCUAACUGUUGAGACAUGGUUUUGGUUUGGUUUCAAUGGUUUGAGACUCAACUCCUGAAGGACUUUAAUGAGGGUUGACAGAUUCACACACACAGUAUGCUGUAGCUGCAGAUAGCAACUGUUUCUAGACUCAGCUCCUAGAACAGUACCAAUGGGGGUUCUCAAAUUACCACACACUCUGCUGUAGAUGUUGAAAUAUCAUUUGUAUCACUUGUUAACCAUAGACUGUAUAAAUAACUACUUUGAA